GGAGAAAGCAACGUUUGGAGGGUGAGAGAGAGAGAGAGAGAGGUGAGGUGAGGACUGGAGAGAGUGGAGAGGGUGAUUAAAUAUUUUUGUCUUCGUGUAACUGAUUAGGCGGGGAAAAUAUGCUUAUUGCACUUGCACCCCCAAGAAUGAAGCAAAAUUGAAACUCCACCCCUCACGUUUCGUUUUCUGGUCUCUUUCUUCGCGAUACUCAUCGUUACCGUCGUCGUCGUCGUCAUUUCAGCGAUCCGCUUUCACUGUUGCUCUGUAGCUUCACCUCCACAAAACACUCAUAUAUUAUAUACAUACAUACAUAUAUGUAAAUCUGAAGUCUUCGCAUUUGGCGAAACCCUAGUUUUGUUUUUGCGUCGGCGGGGAGGAAUGAGCUGGAGAAGAGUCGCCAAAUCGGUGCAGGCGUUGGUUGCCCACACCUUGCUCUUAUGUUUCACGAUUCUGCUCGUUUUCAAGCUCGAUCACCUCGUCUCGUACUCAUGGUGGAUCAUUUUCUUCCCACUUUGGUUUUUUCAUGCAGUUGUUGCCCGUGGAAGAUUCUCUUUACCUGCGCCAUCUGUUCCCCAUGGUCGUCAUUGGGCACCAUGUCACGUCGUCGUUGCGACACCAUUGCUUGUUGCUUUCGAACUGCUCCUUUGUAUAUACCUCGAGAGUAUCUAUGUCAAUGGUUUUGCAGCUGUGACCUUGAAGAUUGUCUUCCUUCCUCUGUUGGCAUUUGAAGUAAUCAUCCUAAUUGACAAUUUCAGAAUGUGCAAGGCUCUUUUGCCAGGAGAUGAUGAAAGCAUGAGUGAUGAAGCCGUAUGGGAGACACUUCCUCACUUCUGGGUGGCAAUUUCCAUGGUUUUCUUCGUUGCUGCUACAUUGUUCACCCUCCUUAAGUUGUGCGGUGAUGUGAAUGCAUUGGGAUGGUGGGACUUAUUUAUAAAUUUUGGUAUUGCAGAGUGUUUUGCAUUUCUUGUUUGCACAAAGUGGUCUAAUCCAGUUAUACAUAGAAAUUCUCAUACACGAGAAGCAAGCUCAUCUUCUACAGCUAUAAGAUAUCUUGAUUGGGACAGUGGUCUGGUGGUUUCUUCCGAACAUCAGGGCCAGGAUAGAAUGUGUGGCCUACAGGAUAUUGGGGGUCAUAUCAUGAAAGUUCCAAUAAUUAGUUUCCAGGUCCUCCUUUGUAUGCACUUAGAGGGUACACCUGCUGCUGCCAAAAAUAUCCCGCUUCUAGCCCUCUUCUCUCCCCUUUUUCUAUUGCAAGGUGCUGGUGUCCUGUUUUCUGCAUCUGGAUUGGUGGACAAAAUAAUUCUUCUAUUACGCAGUGGACCUAGCACGGGAAGAUAUUUCACCGUGUCCUCAAAGGCACGUGAAUUCUUUGGGUACAUGCACCACGGCUCCAGGCUUCUUGGUUGGUGGUCAAUUGAUGAAGGGAGCCGAGAAGAACAGGCUCGUCUUUUUCAAGAUGGAACCUCUAGCUAUAACACCUUUUGUGGUUAUCCUCCCGAAAUAGUGAAGAAAAUGCCCAAGAAGGAUCUUGCAGAGGAGGUAUGGAGACUUCAAGCAGCUCUUGGUGAGCAAACAGAAAUCACAAAAUUCAGUCAGCAGGAGUAUGAAAGACUUCAAAACGAAAAAGUACUAUGCAGGGUUUGCUUUGAAAGAGAGAUCAGUGUAGUCCUGCUUCCAUGUAGGCAUCGGAUCCUUUGCAGUAACUGCUGUGAGAAGUGCAAGAAAUGCCCUAUUUGCCGCGUCUGUAUCGAGGAACGGUUACCUGUAUAUGAUGUAUAGCACUAACAUACCAUGUUCAGAGAGAGAGAGGCUGCUGGUGACAGUUUUAACAACAGGGAACAUCAGUUUGAUUGAACUACCCAUAGAAACAUGAACACUAGGAAACCUAGUGCAGAUUUUGUGAUCAAAUAUGCUCACUUAGCUUCUUUCUGUUGUAAAUAUCCUUGUUUCUGGGUAGAGAACUGUGAAUCUCACUUAUAAAUCUGCCCUGACACAAACCUUUAACAUUAGUGCAUGCGGUAUGUUUGGUGUAUAGAAUUACAGAAAUUGGGUACUUAGGAGUGAUAAAAAAGUCUGCUCUGAA